AUGUUUGACCAGAAGGAGGAAAUAAUCAAACAGGACUCACCCGCUGAUGCGGAGCAACUUGCACUUCAAUAUUUGGAAGACUUGGACAGAUGCAAAUCAAAGAAAAAAACGCACGGCCGUGCCACUCCUAGCAUGCCCGGCAACCAUCAACAUGCAGCUGCAAUAGCAGGACCGAAUCAGCAGCAACCAGACUUUACAAGACGCCAAAAUCAUUAUGAUGGAGGCCGAGAUUACCGAGGCAAUGGUGACAACUUUCAUGAAGGAUACAAGAUAAAGGUAGAUCUUCAACCUUUCUCAGGAUCGUUAGAUAUUGAAAGCACCCUUGAUUGGCUAGCGGAGGUUGAACGAUUCUUUGAGGUCAUGAACGUUGAGGAUGAACGCAAGAUGAUUGAGCAACGUUUCCUCCCCAGUGAUCACUCUCAAAUUCUGUACAACAGAAAUCCUGGAGUACAGAAUUCAAGAGUAGCAGCCCCUGUCAAUAACUGGAAUUCACAACCGCCCUUAACCGAGGAAAAGAAAGACUCCCGAGAUAAGGCUCCUAUAGUAGAUAGAAACAACAAACUUAACCUGUACGAGAAACCAACCGGAGACUAUUGUUACCGAUGUAGAAAGCAAGGGCAUACCUCUAAUGUUUGUCCAGAGUGUAGGGGUGCCACUGACGGGCAUUGGCAAGUUAAUUUAGUCGAUGAGGUGACUGAGGUUAAAGAAGUGGAAGACGAAGAAGAUGGGUCCUUGGCAGGUUCAGAAGAUGGUGAAGUAACAUAUGUGAUUAAAAAAAAUUUUUACUCUCCAAAACAAGAAAGUGACACUCAACGGAGAAAAAUCUUUCAAGCUAAAUGUAGAAUCGAUGAAGAAUUGUGUCCGCUUAUCAUUGACGAUUGCAGUUGUGAGAAUUUGAUAGCAAAGCAGCUGGUUGAAAAGCUCAGUUUAUCGACUGAACCACACCCUUCACCAUACAAGGUAGCGUGGAUUAAAGAGGGUCUAACAAUUGAAGUAAACUGGGUUUGCAAGGUUCCCAUCUCAAUGGGAAAAUCAUACUCAGACUGUGUCAGUUGUGAUGUUGUGGACAUGGAUGCCUGCGGAGUACUAUUGGGACACUGUGUCAGUUGUGAUGUUGUGGACAUGGAUGCCUGCGGAGUACUAUUGGGACGUCCAUGGCAGUUUGAUGUGGAUGUAUUGCACAAGGGAAGAGAGAAUUCAUACUUGUUUUCUUGGAAGAAUAAGAAUAUCAUUGUCUUACCUUCUGGAUCUUCUUCCAAAGCUUCUAAAGUGGAGGAGAAAUCCAUGGUAACUGUUUCUUCCAAUGUACAUGAUUUAUCAGGUGCAAUUGAGAAGUCUGGAGGUGCAUUAGCAUUAUUGAUCAAACCCGAGGCAGACCUUAAUAAAGAGGCACUAAUACCACCACCAAUCAAAGAGUUGCUUGAUAAAUUUCAUGUUGUCACAGAAGAACCCUCGACACUCCCACCUUUGCGUGACAUUCAACAUCAAAUAGAUUUCAUCCCUGGAUCGAAGAUACCAAACUUGCCCCACCAUAAGAUAAAUCCAAAGGAAAGUCAGAUCCUUCAAGAACAAGUGAAAGAAUUAUUGAAAAAGGGUCAUAUCCGGGAGAGUAUUAGUCCUUGUGGGGUUCCUGCUUUAUUAGUACCAAAAAAGGAUGGGACUUCGAGGAUGUGUGUGGAUAGUCGAGCAGUAAACAAAAUCACAUUGCAGUAUCGAUUUUCUAUUCCUUGUCUGGAGGAUAUACUGGACCAGCUGUCAGGAUCUAUAGUAUUCUCCAAAAUAGAUCUUCGCAGCGGGUAUCAUCAAAUCAAAAUCAAGGAGGGAGAUGAAUGCAAGACUACAUUCAUGACCAAGGAAGGGUUAUAUGAGUGGUUGGUUAUGCCAUUUGGAUUGACUAAUGCACCAAGCACAUUCAUGCGACUUAUGCUCAGUCCCAACAAGGAAGAACACAUUCAACACCUUCGAGGGGUGUUGGAAGCUUUGCAGAAAAAUGAAUUAUAUAUCAAUCUCAAGAAGUGUAGCUUUAUGAUGGAGCGGAUUCUAUUUCUUGGGUAUGUUGUUAGCUCGGAAGGAAUUCAUGUUGAUGAUAGAAACAUUGAGGCCAUUCGAAAUCGACCUAUUCCUAAGAACAUCACUGACGUUCGCAGCUUUCAUGGACUUGCCACUUUCUAUAGGCGGUUUAUCAAGAACUUUAGUAGCAUCGUAGCUCCCAUUACAGAUUUUUUGAAGAAGGAGAGAGUUCGACAGUUUGUAUGGACUGAAGCUACAAAUAAGAGCUUCGAAGAAAUCAAAGAUAAGCUUACUUCUGCCCCUAUUCUUCCUCUACCUGACUUUGAUAAACUGUUUGAAGUGGAUUGUGAUGCUUGUGGGGUUGGAAUUGGUGGUGUUUUGUCUCAAUCUAGAAAGCCUAUUGCAUUUUUUAGUGAGAAGUUGAAUGAAACUAGGCAGAAAUGGUCCACUUAUGAACAGAAAUUGUAUGCAGUUUUUCGAGCUUUCAAGACUUGGGAACAUUAUUUGUUGGGACGUGAGUUCAUUGUUUACACUGAUGAUCAGGCUCUGACUCAUUUUCAAACUCAAAAGAAAGUGAGCAAGAUGCAUGCACAUUGGAAAACUUAUUUUGGUGCUUUCCAUUAUAUCAUCAAGCACAAGUUAGGUACAUGCAACACAGUAGCAGAUGCUUUAAUCAGAAGAGCAACUCUAUUGAUCACAAUCAAGCAAGAGAUUAUUGAGUUCGACUUUCUUAAAGAUCUCUAUGGCUCGGACGAAGAUUUUGUUGACACCUAG